UCAAGCGAGACUUAAACAAUGGACGACUCGGACGGUGCGGCGGCAGAGGGCAGCGCGAGGGCGCCGUGCCCCAUCACGCUGCACGUGCCCACGUCGUCGCUCUCGUGGGGGCCCGACAUUGUCUCCGACGAGGCCUCUUCCUCGUCGUCGUCGACGGCAAGACCUGGCGGCGCAGGAGGAGGAGGAGGAGGAGCAGCGGCUGCAAUGGACCGUGAUGGAGCGGGGAGCAGCAGCGGAAGCAACAGCCGCAGACGGCCCCACCCGGGUGGACUCGACACGCUGCCGGAAGCAUCGCACGUCAAUGCGCUCGCUUCGGCCACGGGCCCGUCGCCCAUGGGCCUGGGCAGCAGCGACGUCGACGGCAUCGUCGGCGCCGCCCUCGCCUCGCUCCCGCCGCCCUCGCGGAGCCUGGCCGUGGCGCGAAGCAGCGGGUACUCGUCGAUUGCCAUUGAGCUGACAAAUGAGCGAUGGCGGCACCGGUGGAUGCGGCUGUGCCUCGCGCCGUCGUCACUCGCCCAGUCCUCGUCGUCCUCCUCCUCAUCUUCGUCGUCUGCACCAGAUGCCACGCCCAAACCGAUGAACGCGUGGAAGCGGGGCGAUCCAGGCGCCAUGGGCGGCAGCUGGGAGGUCGUUGCCCAGGCCUCGGGUGCCGGCGGGCUGGGCGUCCCCUACGAGGGCGACACCGGUCUGCCGCGCUCCAGCAGCCGUUCUCGAAUGAGUGCGACGACCACUGCUGCUGGUGCUGGUGCAACAACAAGCACAGAGACGAUCGACGAGGCGACGGCACGCGAGGCCGAGGAGUGGCGCCGCAUGCCCAGCUUCCGCCGCGGCGAGGUCAACAUCACUUCGCUCGACGAGUCCGACGGUGUCCUCGCCGUCGCCAGCCCCUGGCUCGAGCUCGACUCGGCCGACGAGGGCAUCCGCCUUGACUCGGAGAUUGCCCUGCGCCAGGAGGUGGCCUAUGCCGCCCACAUUGGCCUCGCCCACGUCGUGCUGCCGCCGCCGUCGAGCGAGCCGGCGUCACGGCGCUUCCUCGUCGACUACGCCCGUGCCAUCGCCGGCCUCCUCACGCGGCGAGGCACCGAGUCGGCACCCGCAGGCGCAUACAUGCGUCUCUCGAUCCGCCUCCCCGUCAGCUCGCCCUACCGCGCUGCGCAGAUGGCCGCCCGGCUGUCGUCGUCGUCGGCAUCGGCGUCGGCGUCAGCUUCGGCGCCAGUCCCGCCUGCACAGAUGCGCGCUGCCGACGACGACGACUGGGCGUGGCAGGCGUGGGAGGUGGUGCGCUCGGUGGCGCGCUACCACGCCCGGCUUGGUGUUGUGCUCGACGUGAGUGCGCCCCUGGCACCUGCGUUUGCGCUCCAGCGCUGGCAGGCCGAGCCCGUGCGCGCCGUCUGGCUCCCUGCCACGUCCUUUCUCGCCAACGCAAAGGGCUACCCCGUCCUGUCCAAGGCCGCCCAGUCGCUCCUGCGCACCCUGCUGGCCAAGAACGACGGCCUGAACCUCGUCGUCGCCGGCACUCAGCACCGCCCACCACACCACACGCGCGGCGGCCAGGCCGCCUACCAGCAGUACCUCCGCCACGUGGAGCGCACCAUGCCCCCACCGACGAGCGUCCAGGUGCGCGCCCGCGGCUACCACGACUUUCUCCAGGCGCCCCUCCAGCCGCUGCUCGACAACCUCGAGGCGCAGACGUACGCCGUCUUUGAGGCCGACCCGGCCAAGUACCAGCUGUACGAGCAGGCCGUCUUCCAGGCCCUCGUCUCGCUCCCACGUGGCGGCACUACCAGCAGCAGCAGCAUCGUCGCCGUCUGGGUCGUCGGCGCUGGUCGGGGCCCACUCGUCGACCGGUGCCUGGCUGCAGCGCAGCGCGCACGGCGCACGAUCCGCAUCGUCGCCGUCGAGAAAAACGUGCAUGCAUGCGUGGGCCUGCGCGACCGUGCCGAGACCGAGUGGGGCGCCGACGUCGUCGAGGUGCGCAUGGGCGACAUGCGCACCCUGCCGGCGCCGCAGCACGAGCGCGAGCGCGCAGACAUUGUCGUCAGCGAGCUUCUCGGCAGCUUUGGCGACAACGAGCUGAGCCCCGAGUGCCUCGACGGUGCGAUGCGCUUCCUCAAGGCCGACGGCAUCUCGAUCCCCCAGGCCUACUCGUGCUACCUCACGCCCAUCUCGACGCCCAAGCUCCACGCCCAGAUCAUGACUGGCAGCCCGCUGUCGAUGUCGUCUGCCGUCUCCUCGGCCGACGCCGGCCGCGAGCUGAGGGCGGCCGAGACGCCGUACGUGGUGCUCCUCGACGCAUACACGAGCCUGGCUGCCCCGCCGCUGUCUCAGCAACAACAGCAGCAGCAGCAGCAGACGCCGCCACGCGAGGCCGUGCAGCUCUGCUGGGCAUUUGAGCACACGCAGGACGAGCGCCGCGCCAAGCACGUCCUCGCCCAAGGCGGCCUGCCCCUGACCAACGGCCACAAUGCGCGCUCGUGCAACCUGACCUUUGACGUCGCACACGAGGGCACCUGCCACGGCCUCGCCGGCUACUUUGAGGCCCAGCUGUUUGACGACGUCUUUGUCAGCAUCCACCCCGACGCCGGCCGCGCGAGCCAGGACAUGCUGAGCUGGUUCCCCAUCUUCUUUCCCUUCAAGGACCCGCUCUACUGCCCCGCGGGCGCCGAGAUGGACGUGAGCAUGUGGCGCCUCACCAGCGGCCACCGCGUGUGGUACGAAUGGUGCGCCGAGGUCUUUCUCUCGCUGCCCUCGUCUGGCCCCGCCGCCGGUCUCGCUGCUGCUGGUGCUGGUGCUGGUGCUGGUGCUGGCGAUGCGACGACAGCCGCGGCGGGCCAGCGUGCAGCGUCGGGCGCCAGCGACGCCACGUCGAGCAGCAUGGGCCGCGGCCCGUCCAACGACGGCGUGGGCGCCUUUUCCAAUGCGCCCAACACGCCGCGGCUGCCCAUGAGCCAGCUCCCGGGGUCUGCGGCGGCAGCGGUAGACGAACCGGGUUCCUCCAACCACGCCGGCGGUGUCGGCCUGGGCCUGCCGAGUGUGGGCAUGGGUGCCGGUGCAGGUGCCGGCAUCGAGAUGGGCCGGCGAGGAAGCAACAGCAGCCAAGUGGGCGCGGUCAAUAGCAGCAACGCGGCACGGUCAAGAAGAAUCAAGGUGGGCAUGACGCCGCUCAUGAACCCGGGCGGGCGGAGCUCGUUUGUGAGCAUGUAGCAUAUAGGGCACUGGCCGCUCGAUUUCUUAGAAAAAGGGAAAUUUAAUAAUCG